AGGACUGGCUGUGCAGUGACCCACCGUGGCGGUAAUGGGCGUAUGAUUGGACCUCAUCCGGGUCCGUCAUUUAUUGCAAAAGAUUUUGAAGAGGUCAGAAACCUCUCCUACUUUGGGCAGUCCCCGCCGGCCGCCAACUAGGCGGCAGCAAGGUACCCUGACUCUCGCUGCCGCCCCUGUCGGGCCCGGACCAGGACUGAGCCUCGCUAUGGCCGCUGCGCGGCAAGGCACGUUGGACUUCAUGCUCGGAGCCCAAGCUGACUGCGAGGCCAUUUUGAAAAGCCUCCGCUCGGUUUUCCAGGAGCUGGGGAUGGCGGAGUCGCUGCACACCUGGCAGGAUCAUGGCUGUUUAGCGACCUACCUCAACAAAAACGGCAGCUUUGCCAACUUGAGAAUUUACCCGCAUGGCUUGGUGUCACUGGACGUUCAGAGUUACAACAACACUGCGCAAGCCAAAGAAGUUGACAGUCUUUUGAACAAAAUAGAAGAAAGAGUGAAAGAACUGAGUCAGGACAGUCCUGCGCGGGUGAAGCGACUGCCACCCAUAGUUCGAGGAGGGGCCAUCGACAGAUACUGGCCCACUGCUGAUGGCCGCCUGGUUGAGUACGACAUAGAUGAAGUGGUAUGUGAUGAAGAGUCGCCUUAUCAGAAUAUUAAAAUUCUGCACUCGAAGCAGUAUGGAAAUAUGCUCAUCCUAAAUGGGGAUGUUAAUCUGGCGGAGAGUGAUUGGGCCUAUACUCGGGCUAUCAUGGGUAGCGGCAAAGAGGAUUAUACUGGCAAAGACGUAUUGAUCCUGGGAGGCGGAGACGGAGGCAUAUUAUGUGAAAUAGUGAAACUGAAGCCAAGGAUGGCCACGAUGGUAGAGAUUGACCACAUGGUGAUUGAUGGAUGUAAGAAAUACAUGCGAAAAACGUGUGGCGACGUCUUAGACAAUCUUACAGGAGACUGCCAUCAGGUUCUCAUAGACGACUGUGUUCCAGUACUGAAGAGGUACGCCAAAGAAGGCAAGCAGUUUGAUUAUGUGAUUAAUGAUUUGACAGCUGUUCCAAUCUCCACAUCUCUGGAAGAAGAUUCCACAUGGGAAUUUCUCAGACUGAUUCUUGACCUUUCAAUGAGAGUACUGAAGCAGGAUGGAAAAUAUUUUACACAGGGUAACUGUGUCAAUUUGACAGAAGCCCUUUCACUCUACGAACAACAGCUCGGGUGCCUCUAUUGCCCUGUGGAAUUCUCGAAGGAAGUCGUCUGCGUCCCUUCAUACAUGGAGUUGUGGGUAUUUUACACUGUUUGGAAGAAAGCUCAGCCUUGAAGCUCAACAUGCCCUCAUCCUGUGUGCUGCAAAUGGUCUUCCUGACCUUUGUGUGCUGCCCAUGACAUUGAAUUGAGUCAGGCAAUUGAUGGUGAAUCUCUUCAAGUUUUAUUUUUUUAAUCAUUACUUUCAAUUUAAAAAAGCAAAUGGAAAAUGUAUAUUUUGAUGAGCUAGGGGGCUAUUUGUUGGUGGUUUUUUUUUGAAAGACAGCUGGGAGAAGGCUGCUAAAUGCACACUGAACCCCUGUAUGGUGAUUUUGUUACUUUUAAAAAAUGUGUGGGCUUUUCUUGUUUUUUUGUUUUGUUAGACUUUGAGUUUGAUUGUUUGGGGGAGUGAACAUGUUUUGUUCUGGGGGGAAAUUCUCAAUGAUGUUUCUUUCCUCAAAAAGUUUACUUAGAUAUUAGCAAUGCUUUGAUUAAAAUUACAAAUGAGAAAAAAUAUGAAAGAAACCUCUCUUGCCUUAAAGCAAAUACCCAGAAUCAAACCUUCUAUGUCUGUUUCACAAAACAGCAGGGGUCUCAUAGCUGAGAAGGCAUUCGGCCCAGGUCAUCCAUGUGAUAAUGUAGACAAAAUAAUCCUUUCCUAAUUUGAGUAACUGGGGGGCUUUAUAGUUUUUUUUAAAUUUUAAUUGUGAUAAAAUAUACAAAGUUCUGCCUUCUGAACCAUUCUGAAGUACAUAUUUCAGUAGCGUUAAGUGUAUUUACAUUGUACGAGACCAAUCUUCAGAAUUUUUUCAUACCCAUUAAACAAUAACUCCCCAUUUCCCCUACUGCCAGCUUCUGGCAUCCAUUAUUUUACUUUCUCUGUUCCGAAUUUGACCACUCUAGAUACCUUAUAUAAUAUAGUUUCUUUUAAAAGAACCCAAAAUAGGCCUAGCACAAAGAAAGGAGCCACCCCUGGUUUUAAAAUUAAGGACCUAAACACUGACUCCAAAGCCUGUGUUCUUCCCACUGUGUCUCUCUUCUUUCCUCCCUCGAGGCACUCAGUCCUUCACGACUGUGUACCAGGAUGUGCUUAGGUCUGGGGGACGCAGUGUUGAACAUGUCAAUUAUGUGAACAUAUGUGCCCAGACCACAAUUUCCUGAGCCCGGCAAGCGACUUCGUGACUCCUUACUUUAGCUCCUGCCCUUUGGCCUGGAAGGCUCGUUCCUGCAUUGUCUACCUGGGGAACACCUACCCAGUGUUUAUAAUGAGCUCACAUGCACUCAUCUUUCAAAAACCUUAUUGGACUCUAUUGCCAGUUUUUCUUUGUGCCUAUGCUCUACCCCAAAUCUGCAAUUUUAGAAUGCUUUUACUAAUUUGUUUAUAUCUAAGUUACUUGAGAACAACAACUCUGUCUGGUCCACCUCUGUAUUAUUAGUACCUGGCACGAUACAGAUGUGGAUGUUUGGUAAAUGUUUGCUGCUGACUGGAUGUCCAACCCACUGGCACCGUGAUUUUCUUCUUACAUCAUUACAGAUUUUAUCACAUGCUGACUGAGCUGGAGAUGCGCCUUUGUUAACUUGCCAUUGUGAGCCAUGCCUGGGUCCCUUUUCCUAGUGAGGCUCAAAAAGCCUCCUGAAGUCUUCACUACCUUCCUAAGACUGAGUUGUCAUUCUGCUAAGGAGCUACACUGUAAAGCUCUGGGACAACUGGCAAGACUGUUUGCCCCAGGCACACUGACAUUUUUUCAGCCUGUGCUCAGUGGUGUAGCCCUUCCUCCACACAGGGCCGGGGCUCAGAAUGAAGAGGGGUUGAAAUUGCUGUAGCUUCACCUCUACCUGAGCUCCACAUUCUUAUGGUUUCCUGAUAUGGAGCCCUGAUAUAGGGCAAGCCAUCCCAGUGACUCGGGCUAGCUUCUGUUUACUUUGGGUCAUUCCAGGCCAUCAGUGUGCUUCUAAACUCAGACUGUGUAUUGAGAAAUACUGAAGAGCUGAAAAACGUAAUUGUCCUGGUCCUUUAUCUCACUCAUCUGGUGUGUGAGGUUACAGAUAUUUCUUGAAGUUUCUGGCUUACCUUUCAUUUAGGAUCAGAUGCCGAGACCCAGAUAAUAGGGAGAAAUCAACUAGGAAAUAAAAUACUCACUUUCGUGACAAACUGAAUUAUGUAGGAAUUAACCUGAUGGAAUGCAUGAAACUUUUAUGACUAAAAAAAUUAGUACAAUUUCAUAACACGAAAAUAUCUUAAUAAAUGAAAUAAACAUUGUGUCCUGGUGAGACAACUAUGUGACAGAAUCACACACUAGAUGUAUCAGAGCAAUAAGGCAGACCUUUAGAAACAAUGUUGACUGAAUAAACUAGAAAAGGCUAAAGUUUCUAAUGUAAUACUAUUCAUUGAAACUAGAAACAAACCAAUCUAUAUGGUACAAGACUAGUUCUGCAUGGUAUAGAGUUAAUGUCCGUUUGGGUGAGGAGAUUAGGAUGGUACAAUAUAGGGUGAAGAUAUAAAGUAAGAUUUUUACUUCUAGCCACAGCAGAGGAACUGGGACUAAGUUUGACCUCCUGCUAUGAACAGCUGGACAAAGUACACAAAACAAUUCUUUUCAGACACUGGAUGAUAAGAUGUGAUCUCCACAAUUGCCCUUAAUUUCUGCCUGGAGACACUUUCUGAGAUGAGCAGGAAAGGGAAACCCAAGCUGAGCCAGGAAAUUUGCCUUGUUGGGAGAACACAGAUGGAAACAGAUUGAGGUCCAUGGAGUGUGAGGCACUGGAAAUUCGUAGAGCAGUAAACUGGAGAACAGGAGGAGAAGGGGGAGGGGAGUGGAGGGGAGAGGAAGAAGGAGAAGGGAAAUUUAUAGCUUUAAAUACCGGUAUUAGAAAAGAAUCAAAGUACGAUAUUGGUGGAUGAGGCUCCUAUCUUAGGAAUCUGGAAAAAAGAAGAACAAAACAAUAAAUAUUAAGAAGUAGAAGAAAAAUAAUAAAGAUAAGAGUAGAAGUCAAUUAUAUGAAAAAUAGGCAAGCAAUAGAGAAAACCAAAAAAGUAAAAAACUGAUUUUUUGAGCCCUGGCUGGUGUGGCUCAGAGGAUUGAGUGCCCAUCUGAGAAAUAAAGGGUUGGUGGUUCAAUUCCAGGGCAUGUGCCUGGGCUGUGGGCCAGGUCCCCAGCGAGAGGCAACUGCACAUUGAUGUUUCUCU